UACUGUCUGAUGGGUGAUGCUUCCCCCAAUGAUUCCAACCACGUAGCAAAUAAUACUCAGCCAGAGAUGACACUUUUUAUUGGAUCUCGUGAUGAGGAAAGCUUUCUUGAGCCUGUUUUUCUCCAUAAAAGUCAUGCAGUACUUUCUCAGAGCGAAAAUACCGACCCACUUGCGAAUUGCUGUCGUUUUAAUUACUAUAAUAACAUCACUAGUCCAUCAAACGAGGCGAAAUUGGAUAGGAUUGAACAUUUUUGUCCUCAGUUAAGGGAUACCAAAGAAAUUAUGGUUUCUUCCGGUACAUCUGCUGUAAAGGACGUUAAAAAAGCUCGAGAAAAUAUAAUUAAUUUUAUUCAAGACCGUUUAAAGGAUCUAAUUACACAUUAUCAUGAAGACCUAUCUGAAUUAAGCUUUAUUCACAGUGGUUCUUUGCUCAUCGAUCUGUACAAGUGGAGGCAGGCCAAGCCAUAUGACUUGAUGCUUGCCCUAAGAUCUGGCCACUUGGAUGAAGAGGAUUUAAAAGCUGUCGAGGAUUUUGUGUCUGGGAAAAUAUCCCACGAAAACUUCUUUCCUCUUUCUGAAUAUUCAUCCAUCAAGACCAAGAAUCAAAUGUGUUCACUUAAUGCGAUCGGCGAUCCUGAAUCUGAUGAUGAUGAUGAUGAUAGGUACCUAGAUGAAGCAAAAAUAAUGCGUCUUGCAGAGGAAGAGGUUUCUGUUCUAAAGCGUAUUUCGGAACUCAAAAAUCUGGGCCUCUGGUCCUUAGAUGCUCUGGGAGAGAAUUUACCUGGUGCCGAUGCCCCUAGUAUGUCCGCUCUCGCACCUCCAAAUGAACCAGAACUUCAGCGUACUCAUUCUAGUUAUCUUUUUGCUGAGCUACGAUGGCUAGCUGAAGAUUACGCCAGAGAACGACAGUGGAAGAAAGCUUCUGCCAAAAAGUUAGCAUAUGCAGCUCUCAAGGCCUACAGAGAAAAGACUGAGCGCUCGUUUAAGGCAGAACGUGAAGAAACUAUGAGAACCAGAAAAAUGUGUGCUUUUAUUGCCCGUAUGGUCCGAGAUUGGUGGCGACAAAUGGACAAGUGCCAUGCGUGA